AUGGAUGACUCGUAUUUAGACGUUACGGCCGACUAUGUCGACGAGUGUAAAAUAACACAAAUGGAUUAUCAUUCGUUCACCCCGUACUCAAACAUGUCUUUAUCAAAUAACGAUGAAAUCAGGAUAAGUAUUUUAAAUAUGGAUUCAUACACUUUACCGUGUGAAAGUUAUAUUUACAUCGAGGGGAAAGUAAAUAAACCUACCGAUGCUGCUGGAGAUGUUCGUUUUUCGAAUAAUGGAUUAGCAUUUUUAUUCUCUGAAAUGCGAUAUGAAAUAAACGGAAUAGAAAUACAAAAAUUAAAAACACCGGGAGUUUCGUCUUGUUUGAAAGCCUACUGUUCGUAUACUCCAAACGAUUUAAAUACGUUGGAGAACGCCGCCUGGGAUUCAGCGAUGGAUAGUGAAGAUAAUAAAAACUUUAUGAGUAACAAUGUAUUUGCCGGGUGUAUCCCUCUAAAACAUUUAUUCGGAUUUUGCGAAGACUAUAAAAAAAUAUUACUCAAUUGUAAUCAACAACUGAUUUUAAAUCGUGCAUCUACCGACCUGGAUGCGAUACAUGUUGUUGGGGAGGGCGCAACUGCAGCCGUUGAAAAAAAUAAAAAAAUUACAAUUGAACUUACUAAGGUGACUUGGAAGAUGCCUAUUAUCAGAGUUAGUGAUAGAGAAAAAUUAAGGCUGAUAAAAGUAAUAGAUUCACAUAGAAUACUAUCGUGUGCGUUCAGAACUUGGGACCUGUGUGAAUAUCCGAUACUUCCUAGAAAUACUUCUCAUUCGUGGACGGUAAAGUCCAGCAGCUUGCUAGAAAAACCGAGAUUUAUACUGUUUGGAUUACAAACAAAUCGAAAAAAAAAUAUUGAAAUCGAUGCUGGACGAUUCGAUCACUGUCAACUAAAAAACCUUAAGGUUCACUUAAAUUCUCAAGUGUAUCCAUAUGAAGACUUUCGCGCUGAUUUUAAAAAUAAUACAACUAGUAUUUUGUAUAAAGCCUAUACAGAUUUUCAAUCGUAUUAUGAGAGAGACUAUUACGAACCAUUAUUAUUAAAACAUAUUUAUCAAAACUAUGUUCCAAUCAUCGUUGUCGAUUUAUCACGUCAAAACGACAAUGUAAAGUCGUCGACCGUAGUAGAUCUACGUAUUGAAUUUGAAACGGAUACAGUUAUACCAGAAAAGACUGCAGCAUAUUGCUUAAUAUUACAUGACCAGAUUAUAACUUAUAACCCGUUUAGUGGUGAUGUUAGAAAAUUAUAA